GGCGGCUCUGGCUGUCACACGCCGAGCGCGCUGCGCUGCCGCCCCCGCCCCGUGCCGGGCGCUGCCGCAACAGCUGCGCCGAGAGCACCCGGCAUCGCAAGCAGAACGCGAGCGAGCGGCUGGCACGGGACGGAUACGAGUUCACGUUCGGGGUGUGUUGUGUUUCAUUAGCGGGCGGCGCAGCCCCGAGACCGAGCAGCCUCCGCAGCCCCGGCCUGGCCCCCGGCGCGCCCCCUCAGCCCCGGUGCCCGGCGGCGCAGGCGCGGUGGCGGCCGGAAGCGGCGUGUGGGCCGGCCGGGCAGCGCUCCCGAUCCGCCUGCCCGUUCUGCCGGCCCGGCGCGCCGCGGCUCCGCCGCCGGAAAGAUGCUGCCCCUCUCCAUCAAGGACGAUGAGUACAAGCCGCCCAGGCUCAACCUGCUCAGGAAGGUGUCGGGCUGGUUCAGGUCUAUCCUGGCGGACAAGACUUCCCGCAACCUCUUCUCCUUCCUCUGUCUCAACCUCUCCUUCGCCUUUGUGGAGCUGCUCUACGGCAUCUGGAGUAACAGUUUAGGUCUAAUAUCAGAUUCUUUUCAUAUGUUUUUUGACUGUACUGCUCUAUUGGCUGGAUUAGCAGCUUCAGUUAUUUCAAAAUGGAGGUCAAACGAUGCUUUCUCAUAUGGGUAUGUUCGAGCAGAAGUACUUGCUGGUUUUGUAAAUGGUUUAUUCCUCAUCUUUACAGCAUUCUUCAUUUUUUCUGAAGGUGUUGAGAGAGCACUUGAGCCUCCCGAUGUGCAUCAUGAGAGACUUCUUCCUGUUUCUAUACUAGGAUUCAUUGUAAAUCUCAUAGGAAUAUUUGUUUUUCAGCAUGGAGGUCACGGGCAUUCACAUGGCUCUGGGCAUGAGCACAGCCAUUCUCUAUUUAACGGUGGUCUCAGCCAUGGGCACAGUCACGGAAAUCAUGGGCACAGCCACGAACAUAAACAUUCCCAUGGACACACUCAUGGUCACGGCCAUGGACACUCUCAUGGUCAGGAUUAUUGUCAUGAUGACCAUUCUCUUGAAGUGAUGGCUGGAUCCAGCAAACAGAUUUUACAAGGUGUAUUUCUGCACAUUGUGGCAGACACGCUGGGAAGUAUUGGUGUAAUCAUAUCUGCUAUACUGAUGCAGAACUAUGGUCUAAUGAUAGCAGAUCCUAUUUGUUCAAUGCUGAUAGCACUACUUAUAGGUGUAAGUAUUGUUCCACUUUUAAAAGAAUCCAUUGGGAUUUUGAUGCAGAGAACUCCUCCUUCUCUGGAAAAUGCCCUGCCUCAGUGCUACCAGAGGGUGCAGCAGUUGCAAGGAGUUUACAGUUUACAUGAUCCACAUUUCUGGACCCUCUGUACUGAUGUUUACAUAGGGACUUUGAAGUUAUUAGUAGCUCCUGAUGCUGAUGGAAGGUGGAUUCUAAGCCAGACUCACAAUAUUUUUACUCAGGCAGGAGUAAGGCAGCUUUACAUACAGAUUGAUGUUGCAGCCAUGUAGUGAACUUCUGGAAUGGUGCUGUUGGACCAAAGUUUUCAGUACUGUACUGGUGUACCAACACUUCUUGAAACAGAGCCUGCCUCCACCACGUCCGGAAUCGACUGAAUAGAUUUCUGCCCUCGGGCUAUGGAUGGAGUUCACUUCUAAGGAGUAAAUAUUGAAUGAAUGUUAUGGACUUCGGGUCUUGUUUUUUUGGGGGCCCCUAAACUCGUAAGUUUUUGAGGGUUUUUUACUUAAUAAGAUUGUGGUACUGGAAACCCUGUCAUGUCUUCAGUAAAGCUGCUGAAACCACUGCUCAUUCCCAUAAAACCAGUGUUAUCAACAAUUGGAAACUUGUUUUGUAGACAAUGUCACAAUGGCUGACAUGCUUCAAUAUAAUUGUAUGUUUGUACAAUUGUUUGUACUUUGCAAACUUAAUGAACCAAACCAUAUUGGGUUUUCAAAGUGCCUUUUAUAUCAGGAGAGCUAUUUGCCAGCAUAAAUACGGAGCAUCAAAGGGUUUUAUUACUUUUACAAGUAAUCUUGUAUGCAGUCUGAUUAUUUACUAGUGAUGUAUGUGGGGGGGUUGUGUACUUGCAUAACUGUAGAUGUUAGACUUCCAUUAUAUUUGCAUCUUACCAGACAGAAAAAUUCUAAAUGUAAAAGACAAAGCUAUUGUGAAGAGACUUGCUUCUGAGACAAGCUGGGUAUUUUGUUGCACAUGUCUUGUGAAAAUUAUUUUAGUCAAAAUAUUAGAUUUAACUCCACUUCUUAGUCUCUUCAUACUGUUGAGAGUAAUGAGACAUUACAUGAUGCUGCUCAUGGGCACAAUGGGCAGUUGAAGGAGGAUGCUGGUGAUGGAAGAAAUGCUUGAAGUUUUUUAUUUUCGAAAUUAUGUGGUGGAAAAAACUAAAUCCUGAAAUUGUGAAAGCUUAAGUCUCCUUGAUUUUAAUAGGUUGUAAUAAUUUUUAUUAAAGUGAUCAAAUUCAAAUUUUGCCUUUCCAAAUACUGAAAAUGGUUGUUUCUGGUGGUUAUACCUGAAAUGGAAAUAAGGACCACAUUUCAUGUUGUUUAAGCUUAUGCUUUUUCCAGGUUGACAAAUCUUACAUCUUUGACUAUUUUACUGUAGCCUUGUAUGUUUUCAUAGGGGAGAAUGUUCUCAGUGCUGUAAGGGUUAUUAGAUUUGGGUUUUUUCCAGAAACAUUUGUCUGUCAUAUAUUUUCUAGCAUUUAUAGUCAUUUCACUCAGAUAUCUGAGUGUCUUUUUCAAAAGCAAUCUGCUAUGCUUGAUAUUACAGAUGAUAGUUCCACUAUGCUGUAGUAGUUCACUUAGUAAUGGAAGACUUUUUAAGAGGACAUUUUACAAAGAGAACGUGGUGGAGUAAAAAGCAAGACAGGCAUUCUUCCGAGAAAUCAUAGCUUCCACUGAUUGGUAUGGGUUUUCGAUUAAUUUUGGUACCUGUUAAAGGUAAUAGUAAAAUCAAGGCCCUGAGAAGCUGACAAUGUCUGUGUAGUAAGUGCUAGGCACUAUGAAAUUACUGAAGAUUGAUUUGCAGAAAUGGUUUGUUUGCCACUGAUAUUGUUGAAUUCAUCACAGGUAUUAAGAGUUUCUUGCAUUCAUUCUGUUGUUCCUAUAUAGCACCUGAUUUCUUUUUAUGUGAAAACACAACACUUGCCAAAUUUGAUACGUGAUUCCUGAAUUUUCCAGCUGAGAUUUUGAAACAUGAAUGUUGAUUUUGUCCAUAUCUUGGGGGUGUACUCUUGUGCUUGGAACUGGAAACCGGGUGCAAAAUAAAUGGCACCUGGUUUAAAAAUGGUACAAAGUCACCUAUAAUAUUGGUUUUAAUCUUUGCAGUCUCUUCCAGUCUUCAGAUCCUUCCAUUGCCUAUUUCUGAUCCUGUUUGUUUUCCCUGCAGACGCAGGUGCAGUGUCCUCCCAGCAGGCUGCAUGUUCCACAUCUCUCUUCCCUGGCCUCCUGCCUGGCACUCUGUCAGGCUCUCUCCCUGUCCCACCUGGAAGAUGCUGUGCCAGGCCCAGAGUUCCUGACUGAAAGGUGGAAGUUACAUGGCAUGGGGUGGGGUGCAGCAAUCCGUUGAGCAGAUUUGAGCGCUGCAGUUUAAGAUACCGUGUGCAUGUAUGUUCACAGACAAGGUGAUUAAAAUCUGGCUGUGAUUAUAGGGUGGAGGUACUGUUUUGUAGUGUGGUGCAUAUAGACUGCUGCUUGCUGGCUGCCAGAGGAUUUCCUCAUUUUUUAAUAGUUACUGUUACUGCUAUUUGAGGCUAGAGAAGAUCAGUUGAUACCACUUUAAAGGCAAGCACCAGACAGAUGCAUUGCAAUUCUGUCAUGAUCCAAGAGCAGGCUUUGGUUUAAGUCAUCUUUAUACCAGCAUGUUUCAGGACAGACUAUUCCAGGACUUGUUGAAAUACUGUAGUCCUGCCCAAGUUGCUGAGCUUUGCCACUAUUUUAGUUUCUUAAUGAAAAGUUUCCAAGUGAGAACCUGGCAGAGUGGCAGUUUGUUUGGUGGUGGUGAUGGUAUUCUUUUAAAUGUACAUCUGCAAACUUUUUUAAUAUGGGAAAUGGAGUGAAACAGCCUAUAAGCCUGUUGAAUUAUUUUAAUAACUUUUUGCUUAUUAUGAUUUAGCUGAUUGUUGGAAGCAUAUGUACAAGUCUGAGUUUUCUAGCUAAGAAAGAUAGCACUUCAUUAUGUUUAAACUUAAAGAAAUGAAUCAUUUAUUUGUCAAAUAUAAUUGGGGAUAGUGUAGAGAAGUUAGAUUCAAAAUAGACUUUAAGCCUUUUUAGGCUUUCUGAUAAAGGGUAAGCAUCACAAAAUUCUGCAAAACACAGUGUAUGACAUGUUUAGUCAGUAACUGCAGUCACAUCUAGUAUGGCAGUAAACAAGGGACAUCUGAUUUUUUUUUUUUCACCUACUAAGGGGAUACUUGCUCAGGUUUUAGGAGAGUACAAAACAUGCAGUUGAAAGCACAGUUUUCCUUACCCUAAAAGCCAAAGCACCAUUAUUUGUGUUUUGCUAAUUACUUAACACUGGCUGCUUAUGUAACACUUUGCUAUUGACACUUUAUUGGAGAUGCAAGGCAUGAUUUGAACAAAGACUUGUGUGAAUGAUGGACAUCCAGAGAUGGAAGAAUGUCUGCAGAUCAUGUGCUAAAACUCAGCUUCCUUGUAUCCACCACUGAGUUUUGAAUCAAGUUUUUAAAGUGUGGUUUUCUCAUGUUCUCUUGUAGCUCAUACUUUCUGUGCUUUUACUGGUCUGUCUUUGUGGGUUAUUUUUUUCUGUGACUGAAACCAGUAACUUAAAACCCUAUUGUUCCAAAGACCAAGCCUGCAAACUGCAUGAUUCUUAACACACCUACAGCAAAAAAGAAGAUAAAACAAAUGUUACAGAGUGUCUGUGUUAAAAUGCCUCCAUGUUUUUUGUGCUAAGUAACAGUGGAAAACUCUUAGGAAUACGCGCAGUAAGGACUGGUCCUUUAUAGGCUAAUUGGGUAAGUCUACAGCUCUGGAUGGACUGGCUCCUUACAUCAGGAGGGUCCCCACAGAGAGCUGAGUUACUCGUGUGAUUUGCUACCCUAAGAUGAAAAGUAAAUAAAUGACUCUGCUUUUUGUGUAAUAAUGCUUACUAAAGCGAAAGUUUAGUUGUGUCAUUAGUAAAAGCUGCUGACACUAUUUUUACACAAAAAUUGAAGCUGCUACUAAUAAAAUAGACCUUAGUGACUUAACAGUCGUAAUUUACUUUUUUUUUAAGAAGUAAAGCAGCAUUUAAAGGUGAAGGUAGGCUAACGGUUUCUCUUUUUAACUGUUGUAAGCGAACCUGUUUUGGGAAUAUAAACAAGACACAAGAGGGGAGAAGCUGCUGCUGAAUUGCAGUUUUCUACCCUCUGCACACAGUCUGCAAACAAAUUGUAAAGUCCAUGGCUUUUCUUUCACAGUGCAGAUUUCAGUUGCAGUUACACAGUGCAGAUGUUCAGUUGCAUGCUUCUAUAAAAUGCACUUAUCCUUCUUCAUGAAACAAGGUCUCUAAAUACCAGUUCAGAGCAACAAUUUUAGUUAAUAAUUAAACCCUGUCCUGUUUUCUCCAGCAGCCAUCAGACUGCCACUCACUACAGUUCUUGGCUAUCCCACCCCUUUAAACAGGUUUUUCUCUUUUUCUUUUUUCUUUUUCAUUUCUCUCUGAUCCUCAGUACAGACUCAGUAGUUAUUUCCUCCUUUACAGUUCUGUGAAAAUCCCUAUCUGCAGCUUGCUGGGGUUCCCUUUUGGAUUUGUCCCCGUUCAGGCUUUGUUGCAAUGCCUGCCCCUGUUGGGACUUCCUUGGCCAGACACUGCUAUAAUGUGAAGCAAUGCCAGCCAUGCUGCGCCUGGCACGUGAAGACUGAGUCUUGCUGUGUGCAAAUACUGCUCAAUCUACUCGUCUGUCUCAGUGAGCCACAAAAGGUUCCUGCCUGUGUGGUAAUUUGGCGGAAAUAAUGUGUAAAAGGAGCUGGGUAUUUCACUUCCCAUGUGCAUUGGAGCCUCUCACAUAUAUGCUGGGAUCUUGUACAAGAGUUAAGUGAAUCGCUACAGUAUCUUGGCUGAAGUGUGAAAUAAUGUGAAUAAAGCAAUUGCCAAAGUCAUUCCUGGUAGCAUACAGCAUAUUGCUUGCCUUUACCUUUAAAUUACAGGAAUUACUCUUAGCAGUGAGCUUCAGUUGAAUAGCAAUGUGUGUGAAAGCACCUGUGAAGAAAUCUUGCAGGUAACACAAGGCAGCUCACUAAAAUUCUGAAGACUAUGUAUGAUUUUGUUCUGGAAUGCUAAUGUUAGUAGCUUAGCCACGGCUUGUCCCAAGUGCAAUAUUAAGAAAUUUUUAAUGUAAUCUUUUCUACUUGAAUACAGUCUAUAUAAAAUGUUAACUAUCCUAUAUUGCUGAAAAGAUAUGGGAUCAAAUGUCUUUCCAAUAAAUCUUCAGUUUUAAAAAAAAUAUGCAUAUAGGUCUGCUUUGUUCUCAUCAUACUGUGAAGAAUAAUUGAAAUAGCAACCAUCAUCAUCUACUAGCUGAUUUAAAGAGAAUUCUUGUAGUCUGUUUGCUGAGACUUGGCUGGAGGUUAAUUGUGGUUGCUGCAGUUGAGUCCAGCCCUUCAUAAAUGCUAGCAGAAAUCCAGUUCUAUUUUAUGUUGCAGUCUUCUGAAAUAAGAAAUUCUGUGCAGCUUCUCACCCUGUUUCACCAGCUCUCCAACAGGAAAGUUCUUGGUUUUCUUUGGUUUAAAGCAUUCUCACCUGUCUGUAUUUACUCUCCCAAGGCAAACAUGGACACAGACCUAAAAGGUUUUGCACACUAAUGUUUUGUAUUGGUAAGAGAACUCCUAGUUCCUGGAAAAUUGAAAAGCGAAAUUUAACAUCUAAUGCACUUA